AUGCAGAACAUACAGAGUAAACCUUCCAUAACAGCCAAUUCUCCGUUUGUCGCCUCCAUCAGGGACAAAUCCCUACCUUCCAAGUUCAAAAUGCCCUCGAUCGACUCUUUCGACGGCACAACGGACCCAGUUGAUCAUUUGGAGACUUACAGGACCCUGAUGAUCCUCCAUGCUUUUCCGAACGAGAUCAUGUGUCGGGCCUUCCCCGUAACGCUUAAGGGGUCGGGUCGACUAUGGUUUAGUCAGCUGCCGACGGAUUCCGUCUCUACUUUCCAAUACCUUAGUGACUCCUUCCUUAGCCACUUCAUCGGCGCUCAGCAUCAGCGGCGUCUGGCGACUCAACUUCUCAACAUUCGUCAAUCGGAGGGGGAGUCGCUGCGUAGUUUCGUCACCCGUUUCAACAUCGAAGCCUUACAAGUGGCGGAAAACGACGACAAGGUCAUCUUCAGCGCUUUCAUGGCUGGUUUACGAUCAUUCGAUUUCCUGUUCUCCCUCUCCAAAAACCCUCCGACCUUGAUGGCCAUCCUCCUUGCCAAAGCCCAAAAAUAUAUGAAUGCAGAAGAUUCUAUGGCAGCCCGCCAAGAAAACUCAACCCUCAGGGAGAAGAGAAAGGAAUUUGAAACUAGACCAUCACAAUAUACGCAGCACACUCCUCAGUACACAGACCGGCCGGUUCGUGCCGACUAA